AUGCUGCGGCGAAGGAGCCGAGUUGGAUCAGGGGCGCCUGCUCAACCAGGCCUGGCCACGCGUCUUCCAGCUGGACGUCAACGGGCACGACGUGCUGCGCGUAAAGGCGCCCCCGCGCCUGUCCAAGCGCAGGGACCUGCCCGUGAAUAUCUCAACCAAGCUUCGCCGCGGCAGGAGAACGACCUGGAACUCACAGUCGAGGACGACCUCAAGAGCGAGUACGUCUUCGCGGUGGUGCGCGUGGCGGCGUGCCCGAUCGUGGAGCUGGCGAGCCGCGUGGAGCGCAACGACGUCGAGGGCGACCUGGCACGCGUCCGCGCGCUGCUCGCCUCGCGCCCCGGCGCGGGCGCCGCGGGCGCCGGCACGAGUGGCGGCGGCGGCGUGGAGUGCGUGGGCGACGAGCGGCUGCAGCUACGGUGCCCUCUCACGCUCUCGCGCCCGACGUCGGCCCCAGCGCGCGGGCGGCUGUGCAGGCACCUGCAGUGCAUGGACCUCGACGCGUACCUGGUGGCCAACGUCCGCACCCGCGCCUUCAACAGCCGGUGGCGCUGCCCGCUCUGCAGCCUCGGGCUGAGGGCGGCCGACCUCUGCAUCGACACCUUUGUGGAGGGAGUGCUCGCCGCCACUGCCGACGGGGUGGAGGAGAGGUCCUCGUGGCGCCCGACGCCUCCUGGAAGGCGGUGGAGCCUCCGACUGGACGCGGCGCCACUG